ACUUGUCCGUCAUUAUUCUGCUGUGUUGUUUUGCGUUGGAAACCAGCUGAAUCGAUAAUCCAAACAAAAGUGCGAGUCUAGUCAUCAGGAUGUGCUGUUUUCCGUGAAAAUUGUCGAAAAUUCCGGAAAAUUUUCAUCCAAACCAGUGUUUUGGUGUAAAGUGGUGUAAAUCUGGCCAGAUUGGAGCAUGAAUCGGAGCACCAAGCAGAAGAGCGCCGCGGGCGCGAAAAACGAGUGCGUACAGGUGGUGGUACGCUGUCGUCCGCUCAACAACAAGGAACAGGCGGGCAAUUUCCAGCGUGUGGUCGAUGUUUUUCCCAGCCGAGGCGUUAUCGAGAUAUUGAACUGCAAUGAAACAUCACGGGAAAAUAAGAAAAUGUUCACCUACGAUGCGGUGUACGACUGGAGCUCUACACAGCAGCAGGUGUAUGAUGAGGUUGUCCGUCCCCUUGUCUACUCCGUACUGGAAGGUUUCAAUGGGUGCGUUUUUGCCUAUGGCCAAACCGGCACCGGCAAGACACACACAAUGGAAGGUAUCAAGAACGACCCCGAACAACGUGGUAUCAUUCCCCGUGCGUUCGAGCAAAUAUGGGCGCACAUCAAUCGAUCUCAGAACAUGAACUUCUUGGUGGCGGUUUCCUAUCUCGAAAUCUACAUGGAGGAAUUGCGAGAUUUGCUUAAACCUAACUCCACAACGCCCCUGGAACUGCGCGAACGUGAAGGAGGAAUCGUAGUCCCAAAUCUGCACUCCGUGCUUUGCAAGAGCGUUGACGACAUGAUCCAUGUGAUGUACAUGGGAAACAAAAAUCGCACGGUAGGUUUUACCAACAUGAACGAGCACAGCUCCAGAUCGCAUGCAAUUUUCCUGAUCAAGAUCGAAAUGUGCGAAGUCGGUUCAACGCUCGUCAAAGUUGGAAAACUGAACCUGAUCGAUUUGGCGGGUAGCGAGCGUCAAUCGAAGACCGGCGCGACGGCGGAACGAUUGAAAGAGGCAAGUAAGAUCAAUCGUGCCCUGUCGUCUCUGGGAAAUGUGAUUUCCGCUUUGGCGGAGAAGUCACCCCACAUUCCAUAUCGCGAUUCAAAGCUGACUCGCUUGUUGCAAGAUUCUCUGGGAGGAAAUUCUAAAACCAUCAUGAUCGCAAAUAUUGGUCCUUCGGAGUUUAACUACAAUGAAACGUUGACCACACUGAGAUAUGCGCAUCGAGCGAAGACCAUUGAGAACAAACCGGUUAUGAACGAAGAUCCUCAGGAUACGAAAUUGCGCGAGUAUCAGGAGGAGAUUGCGCGUUUACGAAAGCUUAUAACCGAACGUCAACACCGUGAGAAACCCGUUCCAAAGGUUAAAAAGAUAAAGCAAAAGACUAUUAAGCGGGACGAAAGUUUGGAAGAGUCGGAUGAGAAAUCUGAUUCAGAAGCCGAGGAAGAAGAAGAUGAAAAAGAAAACGAACAAGACUUCAGCGAGCUGGAUGCCAAAGCCCAGGAAGCCUUGGUAAAGGAACAAGAAUUAACCGCCUCUUUAGCUGGUAAACUACAGGAGUUAGAAAAUCAGUUGGUUAAAGGUGGAAAAAACAUUUUGGACACUUAUACAGAACGACAGAUGGAGUUGGAGAAAAAGAUGGCAGAGAUUGCUGAACGUAAGAAGCGUGAAAUCGAGAUGCAACAGCAGCUGGAACUGCAUGAAGAAUCCACUAUGGAAAUUCGUGAAACCUUCACUUCUCUCCAGCAGGAAGUGGAGCUGAAGACACGCAAGUUGAAGAAAUGCUAUGCAAAAUGUAUGGCGCUGAAGCAGGAAUUGCAAGACACGAGAGACGAGCACAAUCGAGAUCGUCGUGAGCUGGAAAUGACUCAAAACGAACUGAUCAAGGAACUGAAGCGUUUGCUGUUGAUAAUCGACAACUUUGUUCCGGCUGAAGUCAAAUCUCGGCUGUACACGCAGGCCAAGUAUGAUGACGAAGCAGAAGAGUGGUAUCUGAACAGCAAUAUGAUCUUGAGUAACCAUCAGAUGGUACCACGACCGGUAGCCGACGUGAACCGGAGACGUCCGAUGUCCGAAUAUGCACUGCAUAUGAUUAAAUCCAAUGAUUCGGAUGCUGUACGGUAUAAGGGUGAAAACAUUUUGAGCUACGAACUGGACAUGCCUCUUCGUACAACCUACGAGUAUUCCAAUCCAAAGGUAUCGGCGUCACUGCAAGCGGUUUUGGCCGAAGCCAUGCAAACCGAGGACGACAUUGACAUCACCGAUCAGUCCAAUUACGCUAGCAUGAUGAAGCAACGACUGGAUAGAAUAACCCGUCGUAACGUGGCAGCGGAAGGAUCUUCCGGGAGCGUGAACAACGCGAUUGGUGCCGUUUCCAACGGGAUUCCCCCUAGCAGCAGUAGCAGUAGUGUUGGCGGCGGUGGUGCUGGUGGUGGUGCAAUUGGGAUUGGUGCCAGUCGCGCGCGAUCAUCGGUCUACAACCGCGGUAUGUCGGCAGCACCCACGUUUGGCGCACAUUCCGGGUCAACCACGACUAAGAAAGCACCACCCGCCAGUGCUGCGACCUUCCCGAAAGCGCGAGGCUUAAUACCAAAGUAGAUCCAGCGCCAAGGUGAAACUGAAGUACUCAUUUGAUAUUACUACCCCUCUUCCUAGUUAACUCUUCUCUCUUGUCAUCAUCAUCGGCCAUUACCACAGCACAACUGCACACAACAAAAAUAUGCUCGGCAGAAUAAUAGACGACGGAAAUGUUACGAUUUUUGGUUCCAUUAGGUUUCGAUUGCUUUUUUCGGCAGCAGUACGGAAGGUACUGAAUUGGUUUUAAGGUGCUUGAAUGCAGGAAAAGUUUCACACGCGUGCGCAUUGAAAAAAUUGGCUUGAUAGGCAACGACACUCACGAAUUGUAUAGCAAAGAAACAAAAGAUAUAACUGCUAGUCGGCUGGAAAGAUUACGGCUCAUUAUAUUCACAGUUUAUCAUGAUAAGUAGGAUUCUGCUAUUUCCACGAUCGGGUGAACAAAGGAAUAAAUAAUUAUUAUCGUUAGGCUUAGUAGGAAAGUGCUGUAAAAUCUGUGUUACGGUGUCUAUAUCGUUCUCGCGAUUUUCGUUUCUAGUUUUCGAUAGAUUUCAGCUAUCUCUCGAAUAGUGUUGUAAAUAUGGUGCAAUGUUUCGGUUGUUAUAUUUUUAUGUUUUUUUUUUUAUAGUUUUAGUGAGUGAGUUCAUUUUUUGUUAUUAGGGAAAGUUAUCUCUGACUAUAGUUUCUAGACCAUUGAAAUGCUUUAACAUUCUAUUUAUAAUAACAUAUUUGUUCAAUUGUGUUCCUUACCAGUAUAUUUUGAAAAAAAAAAUGUAAUUGAAAUCAUACGUUUUUUAUUGACUGAAAAUAAUUAUUGCAGCAAUUACAAACAGCGCAUUAAGAUCUAUUUAGGAUUAUCAGUUGGUGUUCCGUUCAGGCAUGUUUAUCACUCUCAUUAUCCUCUACAUACUCAUUGAUCCCUUCAAUUAGUUGUAAGCACAGCAAAUUAUAGCAAAUUGUGCAAAUGAGAAUGGCUUCGAAUCCACGAUUGAUAUUUUUUCGCUGACAUAUUUGCAUAGAAUGAUCAAAUAUUGUUUGAAUACUUGGUUCGUGGACGUUUAAAUUUAAACCGACCAGUAAGGUCUGUAGCAAUUUCAAGUGGUAUUAAGAGAAAACUAAAUAAUGGAUCAGUAAAGGUUCCUAGGCAGCUAAGCAUAAGAUGUAAGUCAAGCGUGAAAUUGUUUUAUUAUUCUGUAUUUUGUUAAAAUAGUACAACAAACAGUCCACUUUGAAAUCAGACUAAGGCCUAAGUUGCCUUUGCAGGACAUAAAAUUCAUUCAUUUCAUUUAUUCAGACUAAGGCCGAAGUGGCCUGUGCGGUAUAUAAGAGUCUUCUCCAUUCGGCUCGGUCCAUGGCUACACGUCGCCAAACACGCAAUCUACGGAGGGUCCGCAAGUCAUCUUCCACCUUGCCAGCUGCGCACCUCGCCUUCUUGUGCCCGUCGGAUCGUUGUCGAGAACCAUUUUCACCGGGUCACUGGACAUAAAAGGACAUAAAAGUAUUCUCCAUUCAGCUCGGUCCAAGGUUCCACGGUCGGCUUCCACCUGAUUGGUUUACCUUGCUUGCUGCGUAUGGACUGCGCCUUCUUGUACCCGUCGGAUCGUUGUGUUCGUGUCCGUAGAAGACUACCGGUCUAAUGAGCGUUUUGUAGGGGGGCUGUGCCCAUGCACUUCUUCUAAAAUUCGGGCCCCUAGCUUAGACUAGUUCUCCGACUGGCUUGCUGAGAUCCACUGCUACUUUGUCUCGAUCCCUCGGCGGUCGUGCCACAAACAUCCUCACUCGAAUCCUCCUGAUUUCCCCCGGCGUCGAGGGUGGUCCACUAGUUCCGGUGAAGGAACUUCCACACUGCCGGCGGCUAUCGCAGGGGACGCUUUCGCGCAUUGCGCCGACUUCGUCUUCGGGUUGCAGAGGUGGUCCGACAGUUCCGAUGGUGGAUGACGUCCGCACGGGCGGUGCCCUACAUACCCGAAGCACUUCCUUCUUAUUUCUUUUUUCUUCAGCAGGCUUGAGGUUCGAGUCGGUCGAGGUCGGUCCGACGAUUCCGGUUGGCAGAAGACUUCCGGUUCGCUGGCGCCCCGACGACUCGAGACCAAACACUGCUCACUGUGCUGGAUUUCCCUCCAAACCAACGCUUACUUGCUGGUCCCUUCUCCAUCGACGCUGCAUAUCUGACAGUAUUUGCGUCACGACUCUGGUUACCGCAUUCCACGUACCUUCAUCGCGACACAUUCGCUCUGCGAUGUUGUCCGCCCUUACGGCAGGCAUUCUUCUACAUGCCUCCGCAAAUCUCGGGAAGUCGAAUAUCUCGUGCUCUGGAGUCUCUUCUACGUUAAUACACGCCGGGCAGAAUGGCGAUGACGCAUGGUCACACCGGUGCAAAUAUUGGCGGAAACAACCGUGUCCGGACAGGAACUGUGUAAGGUAAAAGUUCACCUCACCAUGCUCCCUGUUCACCCACGACGACACAUUGGGGAUGAGCUGAUUGCUCCUGCUGCCACUUCACCAUAGAGUCCAGUCUCACCGCCUUCCUCACAUUUCUGGUAUCCCUCCGUUGGUAGCACUCGAUAUCCUCUGCUAGGGUUAUGCAGAUUGGAAUCAUCCCUGCGAUAACGCAAACUGCCUCCGACGAAAUAGUUCGGUACACACUCGCGACUUAAAUGGCCAUUAGACGAAACACGCUAUUCAGCUUCCUCCGGUUACGUUUCGUCUUGAGCGCAGCUCCCCAGGCUGGAACUCCGUACCUUAGUAUCGAGGAUGACACUGUCGCAAGAAGACGCCUACUGCUGCCUUUCGGACCGCCGACGUUCGGCAUGAUCCUUGCUAACGCACUGAUCAUUUUAGCCGCCUUUUCACAGGAAUAGUCCACGUGGGUGUUGAAGUUCAACCGGUCAUCAAUCAUCACACCUAGAUGUCUCCGCACCGACGGGAUGUCGUGCCCUCCGAUGGUUAUCUGCAUCCGCGGCGAUGGCCUCCCAGCUGGCACUAUUGAACGCGUUUUUGACGUCAAUCGUCACUACCGCGCAGAACCGAUUGCCGCUUCUCUUCUUCUUGGACGCCCUCUCUGCAUCUUCAAUGACUGUCCUGAUUGCAUCCACAGUCGAUCUGCCUUUACGGAAUCCGAAGUAAGUCGAAGCCAGUCUCACCCUCCGUGAACUGUGUAAACCUAUUAAGGACAACCCUUUCCAGGAUCUGCUUCUCCAGCAGAAAUAUGGGCCUAUACGAUGCUGGAUUCCCCGGCGGUUUUCCUGGUUUCGGCAGCAGCACCAGUUUCUGGAUCUGCCACAUAUCCGGGAAAUUACCAUCUCCUAAACACUUCACCGCUAGGUGGAUUAAUCAGGGUUUUGUAUUUGUAUAUUUGUAUUUAUUUAUCUUUUUCAUCUGACUUUUGUAGUCUUAAUGAAGUAAUGUGUGAUGGGGAAAAGUCUGCUAGAACCAGCCACAUUUUGCCGAGUUCGUAAAGGCGCAAAAACCCCAUAGCUUUUUACAAAAAUAACAUGCCAUAAAAACGUUACAAAUUAGCUUAUAAAAUUAGGUAAAAUCUACAACUGGAUACAAAACUACUUAGAUAACAACAUCAAAGAGGAGGCCAGUGAUAUUCAAUAUGCUUGAUCUCGAACCAGUAUUUCAUGUUGAAUUCCGUUCUUGAAUGUAGAUAGAUCGGAUCGGAUCAUAUAUCCCAUAGUUGACGGAAUGAAACUCAAGAUGAAGGAAAUUCCUAGAGCGGAGAGUCCGUGCUGGAGCGUAGAUUCCGAGUUGACCCAGUAUUGCAGGACUGUCGAUGUCUCCAUUCAAAACAUUGGCGGAGAAAGUCGCCUGCGCCAUAACGCGCCUGUUUUCGAGGGUAUCGAGGCCUAACAGUCGACACCGGUCGGCAUAUGGAGGAAGAGUUUCCGGGUUAUUCCAUGGGAGAAACCGUAGGGCGUAGCGCACGAAUUUUCGUUGCACAGAUUCCAGUCUUACGAUCCAAACAGAGUGAAAAGGACACCACACAAUCAUGCCAAAUUCUAGUAUGGAUCUAACGAGCGCGCAAUAUAAUGCUUUCAGACACAAUAGAUCACGGAAUUCUCCGGCAAUUUUAAACAUAAAUCCCAACUGUCUAUUAGCUCUAGCGAUGAUGUCCGAAUAAUGCUGCUUGAAUGUAAGACCAGCAUCGAGGGUAAUCCCCAGAUUCUGGACACUGUUUUUUGGAUUCUUGUUGCGAUGGUAUGUGAUGACGCUACAUUUUUGCGCACUUAUCGUUAGAGAAUUAGUGGAGCACCAGUUCUCAAAGGUACUGACUAGAUUCUGGAGAUGCAUACAGUCAGUAACAGAGCGUACUACGGCGUACAUUUUUACACCAUCAGCAUAGAACGUACAAAACUGUGGCGGGAGGACAAGUGCAACGUCGUUCAAGAACAAAGUAAACAGCAAAGGUCUUAAGUUGCUGCCUUGUGGGACACCGGAAGUGUUAGUGAAGUGAUACGAAUAUAAAUCGGUAUUUACGACGUCGACUUGAGCUCCAUGUUCCAUGCUUCGUAAACAUGGCGAAAUGAACGGUACAAGGUUCGUAAAGAUAGAUCUCUUCGGAUGAAAGCCAUGUUAGAGAGAUAUGUAUGCUAUACAUGCUGGAAAUAGCGCGAUGUUGACAAGCAUCUCAAAUACUUUUGAACACGGGCAAAGAGAAGUGAUCCCACGGUAGUUUUCUGCAUUUCGUUUGUCGCCUUUUUUAUGAAUCGGGAACAAAAUUUCCGGAAUCGGUAUGAAAAUUUCCAUUCUUCGGGGAAAAUGCCUUGCUUCAGGGAUAGAUUGAAUUGAUUGAGCACAUUUUUUAAUAUACUUGGAGAGAUCCCAUCUGGUCCUGAGGCGUAGGAAAAUUUUAGUUUCUCAAUGGCUAGUCUAACUUGUUCCGGAGUUAUUGUAAAGCGCGUCGAAGUUGAAUACAUCAUUGGGAACAUUCUGCAAGGCUGUUUUGACCUGAUUUUCAGAGGCAGAUGUGUCCCAGAAAACGCUUCUGAAUUUGUCAGCUAAGAGAUUGCAUUUAUCCAAACACGUGCUAGCUUGACAAUCUCCUAGAACAAUUUCAACCGGUAGUCCUUCCUCGUUUCUCUUAGUGUUCACAAACGACCAAAAUUGCUUUGGAUUUGAGCGAAGGUUUUGCUGAGUACGACGUCUACGACGUACAUGGCGGCGAUAAAGUAGGCGAUUGGCGAUUGUAUAAACGAUAAUCAUUGCUGGCCUGUGAAAACAGUCGUUUGGUAGUUUGAUUUCAGUUUUGAGAAUAUUUCUUCAAUGCCGGGGUAUUAAUUGGAGCAGAAUCAAUAGAGGGAUUCAGACGUUUAUUAACAGCAAUCAACACACCACCCCCAUGGCAAAAGUGUAUGACAUCAAACAACAACAACAGCUUGUCAUUGUUUGAACAUCAUUGUUUCCACUAGCUUCUCACGUUCCACCAUCGAAUCGGGUAUUUCGAUUGUUUCCGUUCGUUCCGUUGUGCCAGUGUCCAAAUCAUCUACAUCUGGCACUCCGAUGACAUCAUUCUUCGUUCCUUCCGUUGAUGUUUGACCGGAUGCUGGUUCGAAGCCGAUAACGACCCCGGAGUAUGAUUUCCACGGUCCCUGAUUUCCUUUCUUCUUUUGUGGACACGCAACCUUCCGAUGACCUUCUGCUCGGCACCAAAAGCAUUUGUUUUUCAAAUCCUGGUAGAAUACAUUCCCCUUCCAAUUCGACACUUCCAGGGUUUUUCCUCAGGAAUUUCUUUCUUCACAUAUACACACCUCUCACUCCGGUGAACAUAUGGUCCAAACUUAAGUUUGUGGGGGAUUUUUCCCGGACCACGCGAUUUACUUCCCCGUACUCCGCAAGACGCUGUUUUAGCUUGUCAUCCGGUAGUUCUGAUGCACAUUUUCCAGGAAUACAUAAUUUCAAAACCUGCCACACACGCUGGUUGUGUUUGCUUCCUUUUAUCAACUUCGGUACGCUCCUGUAAGAAGUUCAUUUAAAAUGGUAGAUUUUUUGUUUCUUUCCUCUACUUCUCGGGUCUAUGAUCGAUUAUAAAUCUUCACCAUUGGUUCAAUAAAACUUUCACGAUGUGUGUUUUGCUUCAUUUUUCUAGAGAUUUGCCGUUAAUUUGUCAAUGGAAGUCCCUGUUCGACUGUAUCAACUUUGUAAAUAGGUCAGCGGAAAAAUAAUAUAAUUUAAGUGCAAUUUAUCGAACAAAAAUGUAAAUGAUGCUGCACACAAUACAGAUAGUGGAAUCCAUAGAUUGGCGAAAAUUGUUGGUAUCGAACGAUUGGUACGCUCUAAAAUAAACAUACUGAACUAUGAAUUUGCUGAGCUAUGUAUUCCACUAUAGUUGUACUGCGCAACAAAUCCAUUAAAUAAAGUUGAAAACUGCUAAUAACUAACUAUACAGGAGAUAGUCGCCCAACAGAUGCAAUUACAUAUUAUAAUACAGAUCAACAUGGCAGGGGUCAAAUUCGUUACUAUUACCUAAGUGAUAUCCGCAACCAAAACAGUUUUAUGUGUACCGAAGAAGCAGCAAAGAAAUGUAACGAUCGUUAAUCAAAAGAUUUUAAACAGAAAAAUAUUCAAUGGGACGCAUCAGUGCCACUCAAAAACUUCGUCCUUCAUGUCAGCUUAUUGCUAGAAGUCAGUAGACAUUUUGCUGCAAACGACUCUCAAUUUCACUGUGGUGAAAAUCGCUCCUCUAUUGCUUCCUACUGAAUAUUGAACACCUCCUCAUGGCGGUACUCAGAGACACAUUGAAAUUUUGGCGCGAUAUAUUCAUCCAAAUGUAUAAAGCACAAUGUGGAAUAAACUGAUUCUAUAUGGAA